AUGAAGGCCGUCUUUAUUACUGAACAGGGCGGUGUUGAUAAUAUGAUUUAUGGAGAGGUUCCUUUCCCCAAAGUGACAGAUAAUUCAGUUCUCAUAAAGAACCACGUUUCUGGCAUCAACUAUAUCGAUACUUAUCACCGUUCUGGAGUCUAUCCAGUUCCAUUACCUUUCAUUAUUGGUAAAGAGGGUGCUGGUGAAAUUGUGGAGGUCGGUAAAAAUGUAACUGACUUUAAGGUGGGCGACCGUGUCGUUCAUUUUGGAAGCGGCACUUACGCAGAAUAUACAGCAGCGGAUGUUUCGGCAGUCGAAAAACUUGCGGACGAUGUCAGUUAUGAACAGGCAGCUGCUAUUGGCAUCCAAGCAUUGACUGCAUGGACGAUGGUGCGCGACGGCUACCCUGUGAAAAAAGGGGACACUAUACUUGUUCAUGCUGCAGCUGGGGGUGUGGGUCUUCUCUUGUGCCAAAUGCUGAAACACUUGGGUGCUACUGUUAUUGCUACUGUCAGUACCGAUGAGAAAGCACAGCUGGCCAAGAAAAAUGGAGCCGACUAUGUUAUCAAUUACAGUUGUGAGGAUGUGGUAAAACGAGUCAAUGAAAUUACAGAAGGCUUAGGCUGUCAUGCUGUUUUAGAUGGUGUCGGCAAGGAUACAUGGGAUACAUCCUUGGCAUGUACGCGUCGUUUGGGUACGUUGAUUUCUUUCGGUAAUGCUUCCGGUGUCGUACCUCCUAUUUCUAUAGGUUGCCUAGCUCAGAAGAAUGUGAAACUGAUGAGGCCUAUGUUGUUCAACUACCUUGCUACUCGAGAGGAAUCCAAGAAAUGGUGGGGUGAAGUGUUUGAGCUCCUGAGAAAAAAGGUACUCAAUUUGCAUGUUCACAAAUUUUACAAGCUGGAAGAUGCCAAGCAAAGUCACCUUGAUCUUCAAGGUAGAAAGACCACAGGCAAGUUAUUGAUCAAAUUUUAG